GUUUACGGGCGGGCCGCAGUCCCGCGCCGAGCCGCCGCCAGCGCCGGUCCGUCGCUGCGCGAGCGCAACCUAUCCAGUUCACGGCCGCUCUAUAACCGGACGGCUAUUUCGGCGCAUAAUAUACCGCACCGUGCGGAGUAGUGUUCAGUUUCGCGCAGGCAGGUGCGCGGGCCGAGGUCGGACAUGCCGCGCAGCGAGCCCGCCUGACCCCAUGUGACCCGCGGCCAUGGAGCGCCGCCGCCGCCCCACCCGCCUCGAGCCCGCGCCCGACCCCAUGACGAAGGUGGCGCGCCGCCGCGACAAGCCGCGCGAGCGCUGGCUGCUCACGCGGAAGACAUGGAAGUACAUGUCGGACGCCGGCCGCCGGCUCAUCCCGGACGGCGCCCAGAACCGGCCCGAGGACGUUCCGCGCCUCGAGGCCUACUUCCAGGAGAUCUGUGCAAAGGAGCCGCGCUUCCUGCUCUGGCGCAAGAGCUCGUACCCGGGAGCCCUGCCUCGGCCGCGCCGCAAAAAGCGCGCGCGAGGAGGCUCGGUAAGAGCUCGCUCACCCGCUGACGAAGCGCCGACCCCGCCGGCGCGGCCCACCGACCUCUACAUCGGCCACACCUCUGGCGGCCGCUUCGACAUCGCUAAGCUUAGGCGUGACUUCUUCGCAGCGCCAGUUCCCGCCGCGUCUACUUCCAAAUUCAACUCAGCGGCAGGUCCGUUAAAGUCACGCGGCGCGGCAGUAGCGUUCGGAGACACUAACAACGCUCUACCUGAAGAGGAGGAGAGCUGUCUAGUUGAUUUAUUGCGCAAGUACCUGAAAGUUGAGGAUGAACCAGAACCGCAUAGGAUUUCGGAUACUGAGGAGCUCAUUCAUUCGUUGCGAAAUUAUCUCAAGCAACAAUCAGAACGAGUCCCUUCCGAAGCCGAUUCUAAUUCUCCGCGGGACAGGAGCUUACUAGAAAAUCUAGGAAGAUACUAUGGACGAACUUCAAACAGAGAGAGUAUAGUGCAAGAGCUGUUAACUGAUAGGAAUUUGUUAAAAAGACUGUAUCAUGACCUUCGUAAGACCAAACCUUACAGAGGCGGUAGGGCAGGUGGCGGGGGCGCUAGUGGCUCCGGUGGUUAUGGACCUAGUAGCUUCAUCAGUGCGCUUAACUCUAGAAGUGUGUUGCGGAGUCGAACUGUCGGUGUUACGCGGUUUAAAGAUGGUGAGGACUCUUUCCAUUCGCCACCCAUGUCCCCGCCGCCUCUUAUUGAGGUAUUUCACGAGUCAUUUGAGGAUAAGUACGUGGAUUGUGGAACGCAGACGCAUGCGAUUCCCGAGGAAGUUCUACUGGAGCUGGAGCGCGCUUACCGUGACAAGUUGGAAGCGCAGACGGCGCCGACGAGCCCGACCAGCCCCACGCCGGAGCGCCCCAAGCCGGGCCGGCGGCGCUCCAGCGUCGACCACGACGAUGUGUCGCAGUCCGUCAGCGACACCAUCAAGCGAUACCUUAGAAUGGCUCGCAAGAAGAGCGUGGACGCCGAUAAGGCGGACCGCUUCAAGCGGAUUAACUAUGACAAGAACUUGCGGAACAUAAAGCCUCGCAUGCCGAGUGACGUGGACGACGACGGUCCCCACAAAGGCUGUCAGACGGAAGAGGGAUGGAUUUUGACGUACCGGGAGUUGAGGUUCGCGUCGAUCGCGUCCACGCCGACGUCGCCGCCGUCGCCGGCAUCGCCGACACAGUCGCAAUCGUUCUUGUCGACGCUGCUGGGUAGAAGUGCACCGGCUGUGGCUCCCCCCGCAGGUGGCAUGCAGAAGUCGCGGUCUUCGAGCAGCGUGGUGCAGAGCGUCAGCAAGAGGCUGUGGCGGACCCGGAGCAGGAGCUCGUCGCGAGUCGCCGCCACAUGGACGCCUCAGGGCAGCUGUUGCUGGGCAGACGGCGCGGGGCGGUGCGUGCGCCUCGCGGACACGUCGCUGCUCACGCUGAGCGAGGUGGAGCGGCGCGCGCUGCAGCAGGCGGCGCUGGCCAGGCUGCAGCAGAUCAACCUUGGGACCGCCAUCAAGAUACCAGAAGAGAAUGCAGUGGCGGCGACGAAGCCCAAGCGGCGCGCGUACCUACUGAAGAGGAAGGCGCUCACCACCGGCUUCUUCGACCAGAGCCGCACCAAAGACGCCGACAAGGAUAAAGAGUCGACGGGUGGCAGUGUGUUCGGCAUCCCCCUGGCGCAAUGCGUGGAGAGCGAGCGCGCGCUGCGCCGGCAGCAGCACAGCGGCUCGAGAGCGUCUCUCGCCUCGCUCGGAGCCCUCGAGAAGGGGGACGAUAGUGAAUCGUGUGACUCCGGUGACUGGGGCUGGACGGGGCUGGAAGAGGCUGGUCUCGGAGGGCCGAAGGUGCCGGCGCUGGUGUCUGCGUGUCUCGCGCACCUGAGGCGGCACGGCAUGCACACGCUUGGCCUCUUCAGGGUUUCCGCAUCCAAGAAGAGGGUUAGACAGUUGCGUGAGGAUUGGGAGCGGAGUCAGGAGGCGGCGCUAGACGCGGCGGUGUGUCCGCACGACGUGGCCACGCUGCUGAAGGAGUUCCUGCGGGACCUGCCCGACCCGCUGCUCUGCAGAGACCUCUACCCAGCAUUUUUGCAAACACAAAAAAUCCACAACCGUCGUUUCCAGUGGGAAGCGCUCCGGCUGAUCGUGCAGCUGCUGCCAGCGGCGCACCGCGACACGCUGAGCGCGCUGCUGGCGUUCCUCGCGCAGUUGGCCGCGCACGCCACCGACACGCACGAGCCCGGCAACAAGAUGGACGCCGCUAACCUGGCCACCAUCUUCGCGCCUAAUAUCUUACAUAGGAAUAAACCUAAUGAACCCGCCAGCGUGGAACAGCUCUCGGAGCGAGCAGACGUGAUCAACGUAGUUCGGCAGCUUGUGGAGAAGCAAGCUGAGCUGUGGACGUUACCGGCGGAGCUUCUGCACGAGGCGUACAUCCACCUCGCACACACCGCGCCCGCGCACCUCGACUCCUUGCUCUUGAGGAGAGCUGACUGUGCAGCGGAGGCGAGCGCGGAGAAUUCAGAGAAUAGUCUGCGGCAAGUGUGGUCGAGGGAACAGUUCCUCCACGGAGCGGCCGCCACGGGCGGGCCUGCUAACAUGACUAGACGCAGCGAGAAGAGCUACUCGCAGCACAGCCACAGCCGGCGGACGAGAGAGGUCACCUCCGACACGUCGUCGGGAUCCCUGUCGUCUGCCAUGACUAUAGUUACCAGAGUUAGGAGCAGUGAGGAGUGUGGCAGUAGCGGUGUCCUGUGCGGCAGCAGCACUCCCGCCGCUCGCACCGACUCUAAUGACUCCAAUGACUCCGCCAGUGAUUAUAAUGAGACUCUGGGCGGGUCUGACGACGACAGCUGCGUGAUCACAGCGUCGCUGCACAUCCCGGCCGCCUUCAGCCGCGGCGGCGGGCGGCGCGGGCCGCGCACCUCCCCGCGCCGCCGCUCCACGUCCGGCAGCGAGUCGUCCAACAAGUCGUCCAACAAAUCGUCCAACAAGUCGUCCAACAAGCGCGACUCGGCGGUGGGGUCGUCCGGCGCGUCCGGCGCGUCCGGCGCGUCCGGCGCGUCAGGCGCGUCGUCCCCGCCGGCCAGCCCGCCGCCCGCCGCGCUGCGCGUGUCGCUCACCUCCGCCGCCGAGCUGCGCCGCCCCGCCACCGACAUCGACCGCCUCAUGGCGCUCAGCAGAGAGCGCAGCACGUCGGAUGCGCGGGCCGUGAUGCUGCGGCAACACGACUCGGGAGUGGCGACUGGGACCACCCCCAGCGCGGGGGCCAACGCGGGGGCUGCGGGGGCCGAGGGGACCCGCAAGCAGCCCCCCGCCACGCUCUACAAGCGAGGAGAGCUCAUCUCCAGUGCGAGGCCCUCCACGUGACAACAUACGUCAUUUUACAUACAUACACUAAUAUUUAUCACUUU